GUAACUGAGCAAGCCGCUUCAUUUGUUGGGUAAGAAGAACAGGCAGCUUGUGCAGCAUAUGCUCUCAUUUAAUUAUUACUCAUAUAGAUCACAUCGAAACCCAUACUGCAGAAUUACUGUAUUCGUCUUAAUCCCCUUGGAGGUUUUGGAGGAAUAAACAAUUCUUUCUGGAGAACACAGAUCUAAGAGAAGGGGUAACAAAAGCGUUCAAAACGGACGGGGUAGUGGAGCACAGGGGUAAAAACCGGGGUAAUAUGAAGGACAGGGACUUAAUGCCCAAUAUGGAGAGGGGCAAACCUGCCACAUACACUGGGGAUAAAAAGGCAAAGAUGGCUGCGAAGACCAACAAAAAGUGGGUGAGACUGGCCACUGUUUUUGCCUAUGUUUUGUCCGUGUCACUGGCUGCUAUUAUCCUGGCAAUUUAUUACAGUCUGAUUUGGAAGCCCGUUAGGUCUCAAGACGCCACAACCACUUCUCUGAGGCCCGGUGGUUCGGACGGGACUGCAGCCAACAUUUCCAGUACGAAUACAUCUCAGUCGAACCUAUCACCUGCUAAUGAAACGAGGUCGACUGGGGAAAUGGGAAACAGAGAAGCCCAGCAGAUGAAUUUACAGCAAUGGGGGCUGAGCAGUCCUGAAAUAAUUUCAGACAAAAUGUUGAUCCAAAGUGCGCAGACUGUGCCACCUAGACACAAAGAAGUCGACACAACACAUAUGUAUAAAGGCACUGUGACUAAAGGACUGGCUGCCCAUUUAAAAACACAAGAACAUUUGAUGAUAACAGAGGCUUCCAACAUCAAACACACAACUGCACAGGAUACUGGAGAAACUGAGGUUUGGGAGACAAUAACUGUGGAUCGAGUUCAGCAACAGCUGGAUAGGACGGGGCCGUUUCCUUCUGCCGAUCCCGCUGCAGGUGGUCCUACACAAAGUCUACAAGACGCAUCUAAUGCGCACGCUGCUCUCACCGAAGCUCUGCAAGGCUUGCAAAGUGCUACAGAAGCGGACUAGGCCACUAAAAAGGGCUGCGGGGUUUCACAGAUCUGAACCGAGAAAUCAUGGAUGUAACAGAAAGGUCUUCCUCGUUAUUAGAGGAUCUAGCUUCGCAAGACUUAGUGGAUGUAUCAGAAACAGCUCCAGUGACUUCAUACUCUACACUGAGUGAAACCGUAUAGAAUUAAAAUAUAUAUACCAUAAAUUCUUAUACUUCUAUAAACACCCUUCCUCCUCUAUUACGCCUUAAAACCAUUUUUGACAGCUAUCCUUCUUUCUGAUUGACGGUUUGUUAGACGUUUCUUCACCCAGCACCAAGGAUAAAGAAGAAUCGAUUACAUGCUAUUUUACAUUUUAUAAUGUCUAAACAAACUUUGACAUUUUAGAAGUCGAAUGGGCUUGUCAAUUGUCAACACAAUACGCUGAAAUGCUAUUUUCUUUCCCUUCAAUUAUGAGUAGAGACUUGCAUUUUGUUUGAAAUAAUUUUACAAAUUUACCAGGAUUCCACAGGCUUAAGAGGAACAACUUAUAUUGAGUUAAGCUCAGGUAUGUGCAUAACUAAUUAUAAUAAAUAUGUAAAUGUGAAAAACACUGUAUAUGUGGUAUUGCGUACAUAUAUAAGGAAUAUUGUAAAUGCUCAGUACUGGGGUUCAUUUUUAGCCUAGAUACUUUGGUAACACUAUUUUCAGUUACUUUAAACUAAAAUAUAAUUGCACAAAUAUUUGUUUUUUGCAUUAAGAAAAUAUUAUUUAAAUUAUACAUUACACACUAUGUUUCUAUCCCGUAAAAUACAAAUACGUUGUUCAUUUAAACCGGUGAUAGAGGUGCCUGAAUCGCUAGGCCUAUGUAUAUUUUGGUCAAACGUGGGAACCAAAAACUUUUGAACGUUUCCUUUUUUUAUUUUUUAUUUCCAUUGAUUUCUAAAUCGUGUUUAAAAUAAAUAAAUAAAUAAAUAAUGAGUUUGAAAUAAUGCAGGUAGUGUAAAAUGUAUGAUUAUUUUAGGGAUUCUUCGUGUAAAUAAAAGAAAAUAGUUGAAAGUAAUUUGUUAAGUGUAUAUAACUAUACACGGUUGUUAAUGGAACCAAGGGUUUUAUUAAAAGUAAUAGCCAUAUAACAAAUCCAGUCAAUGUCUUUCUUGCUAAAUGCAUUGUUGUUUAUAAAGGUUUUGUAAAGAGAAAAUGGCAGGCAACGCUUCUUUCUGAUAGACAUUUCCUGAACCAUUAAACUAUUUUAUUUAUA